AAUGUUGAUGAUUGUAUUUACAUUUGAAGCGGAUGAAUAUAAGCAUUUUUAUUAAUUAUGAAUAUUAUUUCUUCUAGAAAGACUAAAAAAUAAAUAAUUGAGAAAUAUUUAGUGUUAAAUACCAAUGUUUUGUUCAGUUUUUAUUCUAUUUGCGUCAAGUGAUUGAGUUAACAUAGCCCUAUUUUACAUUGCGGAUUCAUUUUCGUUCACCUUGCGUAUGCGUCAACACACCUGUAAUGACUUACGUGAUUUGUUGCAUAGCGAGAAGUAAAUUUCGAUACGUUUGUAUGUUGGUUGUAUGUGUAUGUGUGUGUAUGCGUUUGUGACAUCAAAUUAAAAUGGCGACGUUGAGUGUGAUUUGGUUACAAACACUCGCGAGAGUGUAAGUGUGUAGUGUUGUCGUAUUUUAUACGUUUGUGUUCCAAAACGGAGCAUAAUAAAUACUAUGUCAUGAAACGUUUUUAGUUUCAAAAAUUUGUUCGUUUUGUUUCUUCCAGACUUGAAAACAGAUAGUCAAACAUAGCCCACCUGAUGAAUGUGUCAACUUUAACCUAUGUCUGCUGUAAUGUUGUGGUUUUGAAAGUAAAUUUAUUUUAAGAAUGUUGUAAAUAUUUCAGAAAACUGUUAGUUUACUUAUAUGUGUGCGUUUCGUGGGUACUCAUGUGUAAACAUUCUUGUGCAAGACAAUAACACUUCCUGUACAACCUGUACAGGUGGAUUUUUUGUUUUGCGAAUAAAAGAAGUUUUUUUAACGAAUUAUGGCCUUCAAUGAGAAGGUGGACCCCGAGCUGAUCUUCACGAAGCAGGAGCGCAUCGGCAAGGGCUCGUUCGGCGAGGUGUUCAAGGGCAUCGACAACCGCAGCCAGCAGGUGGUCGCCAUCAAGAUCAUAGACCUGGAGGAGGCCGAGGAUGAGAUCGAGGACAUCCAGCAGGAGAUCAUGGUGCUGUCGCAGUGCGACAGCCCCUUCGUCACCAAGUACUUCGGCUCCUACCUCAAGGGGACGAAGCUAUGGAUCAUCAUGGAGUACCUGGGCGGGGGGUCGGCCCUUGACCUGAUGAAGGCCGGCAGCUUCGAGGAGAUGCACAUCGCCAUAAUUCUGCGGGAGGUGCUCAAAGGGCUGGACUACCUGCACAGUGAGAGGAAGUUGCACAGGGACAUCAAAGCCGCGAACGUUUUGCUGAGUGAAAUGGGGGAUGUGAAGCUGGCAGACUUCGGCGUGGCGGGCCAGCUCACCAACACCACCAGCAAAAGGAACACCUUCGUCGGCACGCCUUUCUGGAUGGCACCGGAAGUCAUCAAGCAGUCGGCGUACGACUCUAAAGCGGACAUCUGGUCGCUCGGCAUCACGGCGAUAGAGCUGGCGAAGGGCGAGCCCCCCAACUCGGAGCUCCACCCGAUGAGGGUGUUGUUCCUCAUCCCCAAGAACAACCCCCCGCAGCUCACCGGCAACUACACCAAGCAGUUCAAGGAGUUCGUCGAGGCGUGCUUGAAUAAGGACCCAGAAAACAGACCAACCGCCAAAGAGCUGCUCAAGUUUCCUUUUAUUAGGAAAGCAAAAAAAAAUUCAUAUCUGAUCGACCUGAUUGACAGGUACAAGAAAUGGAAGUCGCAAAGGAGCGAAGAAAGUGAGACAGAGUCCGAAAACUCCGAUUCGGAGGAGUCGAAGCAGGACAGCGACAUGGACGAGCCGUGGAUCAUGACCGUCAAGGGCCCACAUUCCAUAAAGCCGCCCCCUGACGAGCCCUCCAACCACAAGAUCCCACAGAAGGUCCAGAACGGUUCCGGCCCGCCACUGGCGAAGUCGCCGCCCAAGGACUCCAACCUGAACCACUACCGGCCCGACAAGAGCGCGCCGCAGCGACCGCACUCGUCUGCACCCCCGCCUCCCGUCGACAACCGGAAGGACCGGGAGAGGGAGCGGGACGGCCGCGACAAGCGGUCCUCCAAGGAGAUAAGCCCCCUGGACCACAGAGGGGACCUGAGCGAGCCGGCCGACAAGAAGAGCUCGCGGCGGGCGGAAAACGAGCAGCGGGGGCGGGAAGCGAACGCAAACACCAAUGGCAACAACGGCACGGGCAGCAAGCCGAGCCAUUCCAGGUCCCCGUGUCUGUCGGGCGUCAUCUACCCUCUCAUAUCGGAGUUGCAGAGACGACAUCACUACAACUCCCGAGGCCCGGAGACGGGCCACAAGACGGAUGCCAUAGAGGAGCUGAAGAAUGCGUUUGAGCUGGCGGAGCGCGCGAACCCGGGCCUAAGUGACCUGUUCGUCAGGGAGAUGGUGCAGAAGCUCCUGCCCACAGUGACUGAGUCCAGGAUCAAGGGCGUCAUGGAUAAAAUCACAAGAGACUCAUCGUAGAAGAAGUGUUUUGUGUAGCCAAUACACACUGUAACACGACUCGUGAUCAUUUCUCAUGUGGAAAAGACCAACAGAUGUUUGCAGUUAUUUUAGGCAUCUCCUUUCACUAUGAUGCAGUGUGUCUGUUCAUUACAUUCAGAGACAUAAAUAGUUUGUGUGGUCAUAUGCCAUAAAUAUAAUUUUAAAAAAUUUCAAUAUUGAUAUCGUAGUUUAAUUAUUAUUUAAUUUUGUCUGUAUUUUCAGCUAGUGUUCCAUUAACUUAUCUAUUUAGGUUGCAAGCAUUCUUUUUAUAUACAUGCCAGUCAGUAAAAAAAGAGGCCUAUUUUAAAGAACUAAUUGUGCUUAAGUGUAAAUAUGAAUAUGUAAAAUAAUGUAAAACAAAUUGUGUAUUAUUUUGUUAUUUUUAUGUAUAUAUUAGAUGUAUUUUCGAACAUAAUUGGCAAUUUUUAGUGUAAUGUUAUAUAUUUAAAAAAUGUUUUGUCUAUAAUGACAUCCAUAAAUAGGAGACAUAAGAGAACCAUAGCUAUCAUUUUCAUUCUAGUUAAAAAUGGUAAAGAAAGUUUAGGAAUUAUUUUUGCAUCAGCAGCAUUGAAAGAAAUGCCAUACUAGCUGAAAACUUGUAUGACAUCAGUAUAACAAUAAAUUUUAUGUUAUAUUUUUUAACUUUGUUGUCUGGAUAUGAAAUUUUUUUCAUCCUUAAUGAAAUUCAAUUUGGUUGAAUAUUUAUAAAAAAAAGGAAGUAGUUGUUGCAUAUUUGAUAUCAGUAUUGGAAUUUUAAAAACAUGUAUUCAAUUUUCCUCUGCCUGUUUUAGGGCUCAAAUUUGUGAAUAUUAAAUAGCAAUUAUCAUACUAGUGCAGCAUUUAGUAGCCAGAAAUUUAUACCAAAUUGUUUAUAAUUACUAUAUACCAGUAUAUAUAUUUUUUUAAUUAGGGCUAACCUCUCACACAGAAAAGAGGAAAAUAAUUAUUUCAUUAAUGUGGUAAUGUUUUACGAUAUUAGUUUUUAAUAUAUUCAACUUUUUUUUUUUUUAAGAUGAUAUAGUGAAGUGAAAGAAAGCAAAGUGUUAUAUUGCUAAAUGUAUUAGCAUUUAACUAGCAAUAGUUAAAGUUACAUAUCUUUUUUUUUUGGGCUACAGUUUUUAUUAAUCCAUUGGUAAAUGUAGCAAGUGCUGAAAAUAAUACAUUGAGAUUCUAAGUAAAUGUGCCCCAUUGCAGAUUAAAAUAGUGAUGGAGGAAAAAUCUUCUUAUAAAUAAAUAAGUUAAUAAGUAACAUGAAAUAGGCAGUUUUAGCUGCUCCUAUUUGUAUAUGUUACACUAGUCUUUUGAACUGUUCCCACUGAAGUAUUUGCAUAGCCUAAAAUAUAUUUCUGUACUUGUUGUAAGAACCUUCAAAUGUUUAUGAAAUGUGUAACCUGCAGUGUUGAAUUUAUCAUAAUAUACCGGUUUAUUUGUUUAUUUUUAUAGACCUGUGCAUUGCCCAAAACAUUUUAUUUUUCCCAUAUUAGUCACUGCAAUAAAAUUCAUUACAGUUAUCUUUUUUGAGGCGUUAAUUUUCUCAUGAUUGACACCAAAAUUAAACAUAUUAUAUUUAUUUAUUAUAAUAUUUUUGAGAUUUAGAACAUAGAACAAUUAGCUUUGGUAUGAGAGAUAAUUAAUUAAACCUAGAGGUAGCCCUAAUACUACCUAAAUUAUAUUCCCUUGCCAACAUCCUGAUUUUUUUUUGGGAUGUGUGUAUAUAUGUAUAUGUAAAAAUGCAUUAGGAAAAUCUGUUCAUAUAUUUUGUCUUGAUUACUAAAGUGUAUUUUUUUAGAUACCUAUGUAAAUACCAUAUAUAACAUAGAAAUUUAUAUAUUCAAUUUUGUAGGUUUUCAACUUGAUAUGUUGAUAUUUAGAACUGAUACCAGUUUUUAAUGACUAAAAGCUAGUAAGUUUUGGUAGCAAAAAACUUUAUUGGUUUAGUAUCUGCAUAUGUUUAAUUUGAUUGUAAUGCUAAUUUAAAGGUUGUUUCGCCAGAUCAGUGUUAUUCCUAUGGUAAUUUAAAAAAAAUUGUUAAUGAUUUUUUAAGUUUUCUGGUUGUUUCUCAGUAUAAUUAUUUUGGAUUUAAUCUUUUGAGUGCACUUUUAGAGUUGUGAGAUUUUAAUAUUAAUAUUUGUUAAUAAAAAAAAGACAAAAAUUAUUGCAGAUAUUUUUACAUAUUUUAAUUUGUUUUGCUAUCACAUGAUUUUUUAGGGUAUUAAUAUAUCUGACCAUAACAGAUACUAAUUGGAAAGUACAAAUAAAGUUGCUGACAGUUUGUAUUUUAUUUGGCAAUAAUGGUAGUUGAUGUUUAGUAUUUUGAAAUAUGUUGUGUUACGUGUCAGCAACUACUGUUUGUUUGUUUUGGGAUACAUGCUGUCAACCACUUUCCAGUAUUAGCAUUGAAAUGUAUGCUGCAUGCUCAUUGGAGAAAUGUGCUAAUGUGUGCUAGUGAAAACAUUUUUGUAAUUGAAAAAAAAAAUUAAAAGGCUAUCCUUUAUUAAUAAUUGACAAGACUACCUUUUUAGACACUAAUGACAUUACAUAUUGGUCAAUGCUGUAAACUAUCGUAUAAGAUAUGGUAUGCCAUUGAAAAUUUUCUGUGAUAAUUCAAAAACUUAGGAAAGAAGUGGUAAUUCUGCUGUCCACUUGAAUGAAUUCAGUCAAUAUUUUCAUCUGCGCAAAACAUAACUGAGAAUUUGCAGAUCUUGCUGACAGUUUGUGAGUAACAGAAUCUGUUUAAUGCUCUAGUGUAACACUGUUUAUUCACACGUGGAUAUUUGUGUUUCAAAUGUACUACCUUCGGUAUCAGUAUCUUUGACUCGUGGCAUUGAGAGAAAGAUGAGUGUUAAAAGUAGUAUUUGGGGAGGGGGGGUUUGGAAAUUGAAAACGGUAAUGGCUGAGUGUUGAAACGUGGUUCAAUAAUGAAAUUAACUGUUGACUUUUUCGUUGUUUGCACAGGCUCCGCAGGAGAUGUGCGGGCAAAGUAGACCGUAGAGUGUCGUCUGUGUGUGUACAGUAUAUUCUGUGGGAGUGCUGGGGUGGAAAAGCCCAGAGAUCUGGCUGUACAUAGAACUAUGAAUACAAUAAAUUUAUGUGAUACAGGAAA